CACAAAAUUCAAAAAACCUUCACUCCAUUUUCAUCCCCUCUUUCAACACGAACACGAACAAGAACAAUUGUGUUCGACUUAUGCCUUUGGGGAAAUCUUCGGUUUGAGGAUGCCAUCGAUCUUGAACUCAUCGAAUUUGGUGUUCGCCACAGCGAUGGUGGCGUCGAGCACGCUGAUGAUCCUGGCGUAUUUCCGGCAUAACAAGGGCGACAGCGCCGCUACCCGACAGGCCGAUGUUCGGAUUCUUCGGCCUUGUCUCUGUUCAGGUGGAAAUAAAGAUCGGAAGAAGAAGCAGAAGAAGGUUCAAUUUGCAGAGAAUGUGAAGAAGAAAGCGACGGAGGCGGAGGAGAUGAAGAGGAAGAUCACGGCCAGAAAAUUGAAGAAAAAUAGAUGCAGAAGCAGUUUUCAAGGAAGCCAGAUGCCGGAGAAUCGUGUCGCUCUUUAUAAUGGCAUUCUCAGAGAUCGAUCUAAUAGAAUGGGGUUUUCUUACUGAAA